GCCUUCGUGUGAUCGUGUCCCCUUUCUCAGACCGCCCUCUCCACCUCUGAACAAACAAAUCAUCGAGGGCGGUCAUCAAAGAGAAGCGAGCACGACACAUACCAUGGAGCGGUUCAUCAUCGCCUCAUUCCUCCUCCUCCUCGCCUCCACGGCCGCCGUCGAGGGCCGCAUGGGCCGCGCUGCCGUCUUCGACAACAGCAUGCCUGCGAACCACCACGCGUUGAUCGGCGGCGACGAGCUCGCGACGGCAUGCAACCAGGUGCACUUCAGGACGAUGUGCUGGAGACUGACGAAGCUCCCCGGCGUGGCGACGCCCCGGGAUCUGCUGCUGGCGUCGAUCCACGUGGCGUCGGACAAGGCGGCGGAGGCCAAGCUCCGGGUGGAGGAGUACAAGGCGAGGACGCGCCCGACCGGGCCGAUGGCGUCCAUCACCGACACGUGCCGCGACGCGUACGACAGCGUGGUGCAGUCGCUGGAGGAUACGCGGCAGCUGGUCGAGGCCAACAAGGGCACAGACCUGGACCUCAACGUCCAGGUGUCGGGCGCCGUCACGAGCGCCGACGGCUGCAACGAUGCCUUCGCGGACUUCCCGGACAUCCCGUCGCCCUUCGCCGCCAUGCAGCGCAACGUCUACCGCCUCGUCGACAACGUCCUCAACAUCGCCGUCGCCGUGCGUCACGCCGAAGCCCACCAGCAGGCGAAACCGCUCGUCGGGCCGCACGCGCACUGAUGAGCUUGAGCUAGACGGGGCUGUAAACAAAAGGGCAGCAGGGGUGGUGGUGCUGUACCGAUCAACCGCACCUGAUGAAUAUAUAUGAACAACAAAGGCUUGAGGGAAAGAAAAAAAAUACUGUACUACGUAGUAUUGUAAGCUGACGUGGUUAAUUACUAACACGGAGUUGCAGGGUUGAGCUCGUAUCAUA